AACUUAACCUGCGCCUCGCGUCCAGUGGCAGUUCACCACAGGAGCCCGCGGACGUACUGGUGGCGCACGCCUCGGGACGGCCGACGCGCAGGUUAGACCGGCGCCCAUGUGCCCCGCUGUGCCCCCGCUCUACCCCCACGACGGCGACCUGGCCAUGCGACCCGUCGGCCUUGUGCGCGGACCCCCUGUCUUCUGACAGAGUGACUGUCCUCAGCCUAAAGUGGGGCACGGCGCAUCACUGCAGCGGAACAGCGCGGAGGCCGCCCGGACCCGACAGCACUUGAGGAGAUCCUCACCGUCGCCAUGGAGCAGCCGGGGCCACGCCGCUGAAAGCCGCCCCUGUGUUUGCCCGUGCCGACGCCUGUGAGAGUCGACGAGAUGGAGCAGUACCUGGACUACAUCGGUGGCCCCGCCGGGGCCCUGGCCCUGACGGGCGCGGCCGCCGCCUCCGCCUACUACCUCGCCAGCAGGCCGACGCCCCGGGCGCCGCUCGUGGACCUGGUUGACCAGAGCACCACGCUGCCGGGGCCGGACAUGGUUCGGGUGUCCAAGUUCUACAAGGAGGCGCGCGAGGGCAAGUUUGUGAGCUGCCUUCACUCGGACGCGAGGACGCUGUACGACACAUUCCGCAGAGGCGCUAAGGAAUCAAACAACGGGCCGUGUCUGGGAUGGCGCGAGACACCCACCAAGCCCUACCAGUGGCUGCACUACAACGAGACCCUGCUCAGGGCCAAGAACCUCGGCUCGGGGCUGGUCACGCUCGGGCUCGCGCCGGGCGUCAAGUCGUUCGUCGGCAUCUACUCGGUCAACUGUCCCGAGUGGGUGCUCACCGAGCAGGCCGUGUACGCCUACUCCAUGGUCCUGGUGCCGCUGUACGACACCCUCGGGCCGGACGCGACCGCGUUCAUCAUCAAGGAAGCUGAGAUCAGCGUGGUGGUGUGCGAGGACGACGCCAAGGCCAACCUGCUCCUGGAGAAGGCGCCGCGAUGCCUCAAGAAGAUCGUGACCAUCAAGCCAGUCCAGACACCCACCGCGGCCAAGGCCAAGGCCAGGUUCGUCGACAUUCUCUCGCUCGACGAGCUCGAGAGGAUGGGCGCCGCCAAGGGCCACCCGGAAGUGCCCCCUAGCAAGGACGACCUGUGCACCAUCUGCUACACCUCGGGGACGACGGGCAACCCCAAGGGCGUGAUGCUGACCCACGAGAACGUGGUGGCCUCCAUGAGCGCCGUCAUGAUGCAGAUGGGCGACCAGCGGCCCAACUCGAGCGACGUGCUCAUCUCGUACUUGCCGCUCGCGCACAUGCUGGAGCGGUGCUGCCAGAACGCCAUGUACUCGGUGGGCGGCGCGGUGGGCUUCUUCACGGGUGACAUGCACCGGCUCACGGACGACUUCAAAGCGCUCCGGCCCACCGUGAUGCCGGCCGUGCCGCGCGUGCUCAACCGCAUCUACGACAAGGUGAUGGCCGAGGCGGCGAACUCCUUCGUCAAGCGGCUCACGCUCAGCCUCGCGCUCAGCGCCAAGGAGAGCGAGAUCCGACGGGGCAUCCUGCGCAACAACUCGUUCUGGGACGUGCUCGUGUUCCGCAAGGUGCAGGACGCUCUGGGCGGGCGCGUGCGCCUCAUGGUGGUGGGCUCGGCGCCCAUCUCCGGCUCGGUGCUCAGCUUCAUCCGCUGCGCGGCCGGCUGCCUCGUCAUGGAGGGCUACGGCCAGACCGAGUGCACCGCGCCCAUCACCCUCACCGUGCAGGGCGACCACGUGCCCGAGCACGUCGGCCCGCCCGUCGCCUGCUGCUGCGUCAAGCUCGUCGACGUGCCCGAGAUGGAGUACAUGGCGGCCAACGGCCAGGGCGAGGUGUGCGUCAAGGGCACCAACGUGUUCCAGGGCUACUUCAAGAACCCCGAGCAGACGGCCGAGGUCAAGGACAGCCAGGGUUGGCACCACACUGGCGACAUCGGCAUGUGGCUGCCGAACGGCACACUUAAAAUCAUCGACCGCAAGAAGCACAUCUUCAAGCUCGCCCAGGGCGAGUAUAUUGUGCCGGACAAGAUCGAGAUGGUGUACGCGCGCAGUCAGUACGUGCACCAGGUGUUCGUUCACGGCGAGUCUCUCAAGUCGUGCGUGGUCGCCGUGGUCGUGCCGGACGUGGACGUCAUCAAGUGCUGGGCCACAGAACACAACAUCCCCGGGACCCUGUCUGUGCUCUGCAACAACUCCCAGGUCAAGCAGCUCAUCCUGGACGACAUGCUGGCCUGGGGCAAAGAGGCGGGACUCAAGUAUUACGAACAGGUCAAGGACAUCUACCUUCACCCAGACCCCUUCUCGGUACAAAACCAUCUCCUCACGCCAACACUUAAGUCCAAGCGGCCUCAGCUCAAAGCGUACUUCAAGCCUCAGAUCGAGGACAUGUACGUGAAGUUGGCCUGAGCGGCGUGUCUCGCCAGUAUGACGCGAACUGUCGCGUUGAACGGACGAAAUCGAGUCAGAGGCCAGUGCCGACCAGCCGUGGCCUGAGGGAGAUGAACUCGCUGGAGGCCCGGUGAGGCAAGGCUGAGGAGCGAGGGCUGCUGCUCGGGGGUGCCCGCUCUAGCCCUCGCCCUCGCGGUCCAUUUAUGUGAGUGUGUGAGAGUGACACUCAGUGUAAUAAUCAAUCAUACGUCUGUGCUACGAGGAAGAAGUUACUGUGCUCUACCCUCGCUUGGACACUGUUUGACAAAGCGACAGCAGUGGCGCCUCCUCCAUUUGAAAGCAAAGUGUCUCUUCAUUUUCAUGUGAGAGGUAGGUGUUUCUUAGUUUUUGUGCAAAAAAGAAAAUGAUUCCAUAAUGAUGUGGGUGACAUGUAACCCUCGAAAGAACCUAGUGAUCUGUUUGUUUGAAAAUGCUGGUUAGUUAUGGCCACAGAUCUCUCGAGAUUUUCUCAGAUGUAAUGUGUAUGUGUGCCAGUCAAUUGUUUGAAAAUGUCUGUUUGGUUUAAUCGCACUGCACCUAGGUGGCAAUUUAUUCCAAGACCAAUGUUGUUAAUGUGUCAGGUGUGAGAUGCCUGCUAUAUAAGAAAAUGUUACAAAUUAUUGAAAUUCUAGAGUUGCGUUUACUGCUCCAUUCAUUAACAAAUGAGUAGUGACCAGUGAUUACAAGGUAUGGACCUCAAGUGAAAAGGCAAAACUUGUAAAGGAAUCUAUGUAUUUCCAUGAGCUGUAUUAAUCGUCAAGUUGCAUCUUAUCAAGGAUGCAUCUUUUUUAACUUGUUGGAAGUUUUGCCUUAAUAACUUGAGGAAGUGCGAAAAGGAAAAUGGUGAUGAUUAAUUUAAAGUUAUCUCCAUAUCAGAAUUUACCUUGGAUUGCACAUUCUUUCUGGUCUCACAUGCUGAUUGCUCUUACCCUUUUUCCAUUAAAACAUUUCACCCAAGCAAGAAUUAUUGAGACAAUUGUGUAGAGUAAAAAGGUAACCAUGGUACUCUUGAAAGAAAAUGUCAAUGAAUAGUCUAUUCAUUGAAACAAAGGUCACAGUUUGAAGUAAUAGGCAAUAUUUUCCAGAAGAAUUGAGCCCUAAAUAUAAAUAUUCAACUUCUUAGGGCUGUUUUGGGGAUUCAAGUGCCUUUUUGUUAACUAUUUGUAUAGCUGUUUCACUUUCCUGUUCUAUUGAGAGGGGACCAAUGUGGGAAGGUUUGUCCCUUAUUUUGCAGAUGUAAACAUAUAACAGUUUGAUAAAAAGAUUUACAAAGUAUUCUCUGUAAUUCUUUCAAGUUGGUCAAAAAAAAAAAUAA